UUCAUUGAAAAAGUAGGAUAUUAUUAAGAUACAUUGUAGAGCAAAACUCAACUUUAGUUUUAAAAGAAAAGCAGAGAUUGAAAUGCCUGGUAGAAUUAUAUUUUUUUGUUUAAUAACCGCAACAGUGUCAAAUUCGGAAUUAUUAGUGAAAACUAAAAAUGGAAUAGUUGAUGGUACUUUUCAACAAUCAAGAAAUGGUAGAAAUUAUUCUGCUUUUCUCGGUAUUCCCUAUGGCAAAGCACCAGUUGGUGAUUUAAGGUUCAAAAAUCCCCAACCGGCAGAAAAAUGGAGUGGAAUUCGACAGGCAAAAUCAUUUGGAAGCUCAUGUUUGCAUACAUUGUUUGGGAUUAAAACAAUUGGAAAAGAAGAUUGUUUAUUCUUAAAUGUUUAUUCCCCGCUUCUUGAAUUUCAAGAAAAUAUGAAAAAUAAUUCAUUACCAGUAAUGGUAUAUUUACACGGGGGAAUAUUUUUCUUCGGCGGAAGUGAUAAUUACGAAGCAACAUAUUUUUUGGACAAGAAUGUAAUUUUUGUGACACUCAACUAUCGUCAAGGAAUUUUAGGUUUCUUAACGACAGCCGAUUCCGAAGCAUCCGGAAAUUUUGGACUAAAAGACCAGAGAUUAGCUUUAAAAUGGGUUCAAGAAAAUAUCGAAUCUUUCGGUGGCGAUAAAAAUCGAGUGACACUUUUUGGCAUAAGCUCCGGCAGUUCCUCUGUUCAUUAUCACACUCUUUCAAAAGCAAGUGAUGGUCUUUUUCACCAAUAUAUUUUGCAGAGUGGAACUGCAUUAAGUAACUGGGCCUAUCGAGACAGUAGUAAAAUUUUUCAAACUGUUAAAAAAAUAGCCAACUUUGUUUCGUGUCCAACGAAAUCAACUAAAAUCUUAAUGAACUGUUUGCGAAAAACGGACGCAAAUGAUCUACUAUUUUGGAGUAAUAUUGUUGGAUUAUUCGUUAGAAAUGCAGAACUUGCUUGGGUGCCAACAAAUGAAUCGCCUGACAGCGAGGAAACAUUCUUAACCGACAAUCCAGAAAAUUUAAUGGAACAAAUGAAAGAUUUGCCCUUCAUUAGUGGAGUUUCCAAAAAUGAAGGACUCUUUUUCAUAAGUGCUAUUCACACACUCGAUCUUGUUUACAAUCUGAUAAAGAAAUUUUUAAAAAAGUUGAUUAUCGACGAUGCUGUUUAUCUCAGAAAUAGUGAAAAAACUUUCUCAACUGAUGUAUAUAAAUUUUAUUUCAAUAAUUCCCAGCCCUUGGAUAAGAAAACGCAAUUAUUGGACACCUAUACGACUAUACUUUCAGACGGAAUGUUUAUUUAUCCCCAAAUCAAAGUUUUGGAUCAAAUUACACCCAAAAUGAAAAAUCCUACCUAUUUUUAUAACUAUGGAUAUCGUGGUGAUGUUCCAAAUUUGUCAAAUUUCUUGAGUAACGACAACUUUGGCGUUGGUCAUGGCAAUGAAAUAAUAUUUUUAUUUCCCUUUGAAUAUUUUAUAAUAAAAAGAACAGACGCUGAUUUUUCACCUACUGAUAGAAAAAUAAGUAAAUUAUUUGUCGAUUUAUGGACAUCAUUUGCAGCUAAUGGAAAACCUACAUCCGAUUAUCUAGAACCACCAAACAUAUGGAAACCGUACAACACCGAAAAUAAUUCCUACUUGCAAAUUGGUGAUGAAAUUGACAACAUGAAGCCAUCAGUAAAAUUAUCAAGCAACUUUUCAACUGAAAGAAUGAAUUUCUGGAGAGAACAUUUUCCGUCAAAUAUUCCUAACAAAAUGGAAAAUCAAUUAAUUAUAUUGUUGUUCUAUUUAAUAUUUGCGCCAGUGUUAAAUUCAAAACUACUAGUGGAAACAUUACAGGGAAAACUUCUUGGCACUGUGGAAAAAUCGAGAAGUGGUAGAAAUUACUCCGCUUUUCUUGGUGUACCGUAUGGACAACCACCGAUUGGAAUUUUAAGGUUCAAAAAUCCUGUACCAGCAAAAAAAUGGAGUGGAAUACGAACUGCAACAUCCUUAGGUAAUUCGUGUUUACACUCUCUUUUUGGAUUGCCAUUUGGCAACGAAGAUUGUUUAUUUUUAAACAUAUACUCUCCGUUUCUUGAGUUCCACCAAAUGAAUUUAAAUACAUCAAAGGAAAAUCCACUACCAGUGAUGGUUUUUAUACACGGUGGAGCAUUUUUCUUCGGAGCCGGAAAUGACUAUAAAGCAAACUACAUUAUGGACAAGAAUGUCAUUUUUGUGACGAUAAAUUAUCGAUUGGGGAUAUUUGGAUUUUUGUCUACUGCGGAUUUAACAGCUCCGGGAAAUUUUGGAAUGAAGGACCAAGUACUGGCCUUAAAAUGGAUUCAAAAGAAUAUCAAAUUUUUUGGUGGUGAUCCGAAUAGAGUGACUAUAUUCGGACAGAGUGCUGGAAGUGCCAGUGUUCAUUUACACACACUAAGCGAAGCUAGCAGUGGUCUCUUUCAUCAAUUUAUUCUGCAAAGUGGCACCGCCCUUACUGCCUACGCCUAUAGAGACAGAAACGAAAUUUUUGGAACAGUAAAAAAAAUUGCAAACUUCGUCAAUUGCAGUACAACAUCAACAAAAGUAUUAUUAAACUGUUUGCAAAAGAAAAAUGAAUAUUAUUUACUAUUUUGGAGCAAUUUGGUUGGAAUACUGAUUCGAGUUGCCGAAUUUUCUUUUGAACCAACAAACGAACCUAUAAAUAACGAUGCAUUUUUAAUCGACAAUCCGCAAAAUUUAAUGCAUCUUAUGAAAGACGUACCUUUCAUUUGCGGCGUUACAGGAAACGAAGCAGUUGCUUUUACAAAUUUUUUUUACACCAUCGAUCUUCUUUACAAUCUUCUAAGCAAAUUCAUGAAAAAAAUAUUCAUCAACGAUGCUGUUUAUAUCAGAAACGAUAAAAAGAGUUUUCCGAGUGAAAUAGAUGAGUUUUACUUUAAUAAUAAUUCGGAUCAUAUGAGCAAAAAACAGAAUGUGGACAUCUUUACGAACAUACUUACAGACGGUCUUUACAAUUAUCCAGCAAUGAGAUUGUUGGAUCAAAUUGCACCAAGAAUGAAAAGUUCCAACUAUUUUUAUCAAUUUGUCUAUCAUGGGGACACUUCACUAUUUUCUAAUUUUUUAUCUAAUGAGAACUUUGGAGUUGGCCAUGCUGAUGAAUUAUUAUUCUUAUUUCCCUUUUCGUAUUUCAUUAUUCAUAAAACGGAUGCUGAUUUAAGUGACAAUGAUAGAAUCAUGAGUAAAUUGACUGUCGACUUAUGGACCUCAUUUGCAAUCAACGGAAAACCAACAUCUGAAUACCUAAAUCCGCCAAAUUUAUGGAAACCGUUCAACACCGAGAAAAAUCCCUUUCUUCAAAUUGGAGACGAAAAUGACACAAUGAAACCUUCGGUAAAACUAUCAAGCAACUUUUUAGCGGAGCGAAUGAACUUUUGGAGAAAAAAUUUCCCUCCAGUUAACUAAUACCAAUAGUUACUAUACUGAUUGAUAGUAAAUAUAAUAAUCCCUUUUUCUCCGAAUACUCAAUACGAAACAAAAUUAUUAUAAACAUAUACGAUUACAAAAUAUGCUAAUUUGUAUUACUUGCAAUUUCUUCAACUAUGUAUUUAAGUUAUUACAAAGUAAUAUGAGAAUCCACCAAGAAAAAAACACUGAAAAACACUAAUCAUAUUUCAUCUCAGAAUAUUUAAUUGAUCAUAAAAUCCUAGAUACCACAGAGUUGCAAACGGACUUACAAUGUUAUUAGUUUAAUCAAAAAAUUAUUUUUUCGAAGAGAGUAGUAGUCAAGAGGCAACCGAGUUGCAAAUAGUUAAAUUACAAAUUAGUAUAAUCGGAAAAUUAUUUUUUCUAAUCAUUUAGUUUUAUGUAAAAAGGACUGCUAAUAUUUUCUGAAAAUUUGUUUAAUAGAAAUUUAAAUAAAUAGAGAAUUAAAAAUUUAUUAUAAAAUGUAUCCUCAACCAAAAAUGACGAAUCAAUUAAUUAUAU